UUGGCAAAGUGUACACGUCACUCAACAAUGCAUGUGGCGGCGCCUUCUUUCAUAUAAUCCAUAACAAUCUAUUUCACGUGCUUAUCGUAAAAAGGAAUUUCUUUUCACUGUAGUCUAAUUAUGCAUGUCAUCGUUGUUAUCUGUGCGUUAUCUUUGUUAAAUGAUAACUGAAAUAAGCGAUAGUGGGGAAGAUCUCUAUACUUACACUUAUCGCGCAAUUAUCGUAAAGUUUCGUUGAAUGGUGGAACUUUAUUGUUUUCCAAUUUUUAACAUGGCAACGCGGACGACCAAACUGUGAGUGAAAUUGUUUGAAUGAUUUCGUUCGCAGUUGCAGUUUCGCCGUAAGACGCAAGUGUGACGCUCCGCGCGAUCGUCGGAUCGCAUCUAGAGUGACAAUCGCGAGUUUCUAGAUCAUAUUGAUCGACGUACAAGUUUUAUCGUUCGCAAGCAGUUCGCUGACUCGCAUUAAGCAAUCUGCACGAACCUGAAGCGUUUCAAGAAGUGACUCGGAUUUUUCUGGAUAUAUAUAUUUUACUCUGGAUUGAACUUGAGCUCAAAACACACAGAAGCAUCUGAACAAACGAUGGGUUGACACGAGUUUAAAUAUUUCCAUUUGCGUUUGGGCAUCCUCAGUACAUCAUGUGCGAGGCUUAAUACAACGUGAAACAAUGUGAUCAUUUCACUUCGAGCGAUGUACGAUGAUUUACGAAUCGAUAAAUUUGGUGCCAGGAAAUUUUUUGGUGCGAUGAUUUACGUCUUUUUGUCUCCUAAUCGCGCGAGAGUCGUUUCCUAGAAAUACAAAUCAGGAAAAAUACAAACAAGAUGUGAAAUGCAGCGUUUUAACUUCAACUCGAGAGUCGUUUAUCACCAUAAAUAAGUAGUAUACUAUAUACUUGCGAUAAGCCGAUAGAUUAAUAACGACUACGAGGGGAAAAUUUGUCUCUCCGACUGUCUCUCGUAUCCAGCAUGUUCUUUCUGAUUCUGUUGCGGCGAAACAGCUGUCCGCUCACCGGUCGCUGUCGAGGACUCGGACCUCUUGUUAAGUCGCGCGUUGUUAAUUAUUGCCGCUGCGAAAUUAAAGCCGCAGAACGACUUUAAUUCCGAGGGAAAUAGAGAUAGGCACUUCAGGCACGCGUUUCGUCAUAGACGAAGGGGUGAAUCCGCUUCGCUCGGAAAGUAUAUAUCUAUAAUGCGAAUUAUUCAGGAUGCGGAUUGCUCCGGCCGCAUGCUGGCUAUCAUCCUGAUCGCGUGGGUGACGACGGCAAUGAUAGCCUCGAUAUUACUGCAAUGGGAGCACAUGUGGGUUGUUUUGGUGGUGCUGACGGUGCUCUUCUUCCUGGUUUGCGGAUACACCGUCUACACCGUGAAGAGAGCUCACGCGAGAGUCCUGUUCGAGCAGCAAAGAGCGACGAUUCGGACCAUCUCGGACAUUACGACCGCCAAUCAUAGACAGGCAGAAUCGUCGGCAUACGUAACGCGCCUAAAUGCGGAUUUACCGCCGUCUUAUAUGUCCGUGAUAUCCGUUCAGGGGACAUUGGCGCCUCAGUCAUCGGUGGUUACCGAUCUAUCUGGCGAAAAUAAAUUCGAGGAUCCUCCGCCCUAUUCAAUCGCGAUCGCUUCCAUGAAUAUGCAAGAGCGAAACGCAGAAAUCUUGGGUGCACCACACGCACCAUCCACUGUAUCUACAAAAAAGUAUAACGCUGCUGCUCCCGCUGCUUCUCUUGCAACCGUAUCUCUAACAUGUUCGAGAUAAUUUAAAUUAUUCCCACAGAUAAGAAUAAUUAGCAUUAAAGUCUCGAAUGAGAGAAAAAUGCAAGAAGACGAAAGGAAAGCGAAGGAAAGCAAUUUAAAAUUUGUAAUGAAAGCGCCUUUGCUUUGAAUGAAAAAUUUACUAUAUUUUUUGUUACGAUAUUUACCUGGAUCAUAUAUUACGAUGAGAUAAUUUUUGAUUGAAUUUGUAUUUGUUUGCGUUUCAUUCUUUGCAGGCAAAUUUUUUUAUAGCGUUACAGGCAUUUGUAACUUUCAUCGCCAAAAUAAAGACUGAGACCAUAUUGUAA